CCCAAAAUAAAAAAUAUCACUAAAGUUAAUUAUAUACAUAAUACAAAAUACAGUGUAAGUGUAUUUUUGUUUGUAAUACUUUUAUUCUAUCUGAAAUUUUUGUCUUCUAUAUGAAUUUAAAAACAAUUUCAUAAAGCAAUUAAUUUUAAAGCUGUGUUGAUGGAUUAAUAAUGUAAGAAGAUUUAUUUGUAUGACAAUAAUAGCAGAAAGAGAAUAGAGAGAAUGGAAAUUUAUUGAAGGACAUCUUUCUCAUACUACUGAAAAUAAAUUGGUAUUAAUCCUAAUUAAAUUACUUCAAGCUAUUAAUUUAAUCUGCAAAAAGCACUAAGAAAACAAAACAUAGAAUAAAAUAAAAAACACAGGAAUUAAAAUUGUACAUUAGAAAAUAAAUAUUAAGUGCAAAAGACAGCAGUAAUAGAAGACUAGAAGAAUGAUAUAAGGCAUAAAGAAAACGAGUGUCAAAGUGUCUUGCAAAUGCUAAGUUCUCAGUAGUUACAUUAACAUAAAUGGAUUAAACACACCAAAAGGCAAAAACAGGUAGAGAGAAUUUUUUUAAAAACGAUCCAGCCAUAUGCUGUCUACGAGAGACAGAUAGAGUGACUGUAAAAGAACAGAAAAAUAUAUACUAUGCAAACAGUAACAAAAAAGCACUAGAAUGGCUCUACUAGUACAAAAAAUAGAUUUUAAAACAAAAAAUGCUACUACAGAAAAAAAUACAUUUUAUAACGAUGAAAUUGUCAUAGCCUCAGGAAGAGUUAAUAAUUAUAAAUAUGUAAGCACCUAACAGCAGAGGCCAGAACUAUAGGAAGCAGAAAUUGAUGGAAGUGAAGGAAAAAAUGGACAAUAUGACAAAUUUGGUGACUUUAAUGUCCCAUUUUCAGUAAUGGAUAGACCAAAUAGGCAGAAGAUGAAUAAGGAAAUAGAAGACUUGAACUAUACCAUACACCAAUUAGACUUGAUAGACAUGUAUGGAACACUCUACUCAAUGACAGAAGAUAUAAACCACUCAGUCAUAAAUCCUUAUAAUUAUAUAUAUUUGAAAAGAGGGACAAGAGAAUUCCAUGAUGAAGAAUAGUCUUUUCAAAAAUGGUGCUAGGACAACUGGAUAUCCACAUUCCAAGAAAAUGAAGCUUGAUUAUCACUUCACACUAUACACAAAAUUAAAGCAAAAUGGUUAUAAAAUGUAAGACCAAAACUACAAAAUUUUAGAGGAAAGUGGGAAUCAAUAUCAUUGACUUUGAGUUAGGCGAUACCUUGUUACAUGUGACACUAAAGCAAAAGCACUUAUUUUUAGAUUAUGUUAAAAAAAUUCUUACAAUUCAUCAAUAAAAUACAAAUAACCCAAUUUUAAAAUGGACAAAGUUUUCAAUAGCCAUUCUAUAAAGAAGAUAUUAAAAUGGCCAAUAAAUUAAAAAAUGUUAGUCAUUGGUGAAUUGUAAAUCAAAACCAUAUAAGACAACAUCAGUAGGAUGGUUAAAUUAAAAAAACUAACAAUAGUUGGUAUUGGCAAGGAUAUGGAGAAAUUGGAAAACUUGUACACUGUUGAUGCCUGUGUAAAAUGUAGCAGCCACUUUGGCAAACAGUUUGACACUUGUUCCAAACCGUUAACAUAAAGUGAUCAUACAAUCCAGAAAUUCACUCACAGGUAAAUAUCACAAAGAAUGGAAAACAAGUAUAUAAACAAAAACUGUACACAUGCACACUGCAGUACUGUUCAACAAUAGCCAAAAUGUAGAAAAGGCUCAAAUGACCAUCAAGUGAUGACUGGUUUCUUUUUUUGUUUUUUUUUUUUUUCUUUUUGUUUGGUUUGGUUUGGUUUUUAAGUGAUAUAUCCAUACAAUGAAACAUUAUUCAACAAACAAAAAAAGAAACACUGAUACUUGUCACAAAUGUAUGAACCUAGAAAAUCUGAAAGCGAUAUAAUUUUUUAAUAAAAUACCCAGAAUAGACAAACUUAUAGAAAGAGAAUGUAGGUUAGUAGCUGUCAGAGAGUAAGAGAACAGGGAUAAGGCAGAUGAUUCUAAAGAGUUGGGAUUUCUUUCUGGGGUGAUGAACAUUCUGAAAUUAGACAGCAGUGAUGUUUCCAUAACGGUGAUUAUACUAAUAACCACUGAAUUUGACACUUUAAAAGGAUGAUGUGCAUGUUACAUAAAUUAUAGUUCAAUGAAGGUGUUAUUUAAAAAAGAAGCUGUGGAUAAGUCAUUUUAUGUCAAAUACAUUUUUCCUCCUUUAGCCCUAUGGAGAAGUUAAUAUAUAUUACCUCUGUAGUUUAUAGAGAUAAAGAAAUAUGCAAAAGAAAAGGAAUAGAAAUAAAAAUAUAUAAAUUAAAAAUCACUUUAAUCACCUUUCAAAUUAAUGCAGAUAUAGGUUUCAGCAAAUUUGUCUUUUAUUUAUUUAUGUUUGAGUAUCAUCACUUUUCAAAUAGGCUAUGGAAGUCCCUGGGAUAUUUGCCAGGUUUUAUAGAAAGAGAUAAAUAUUAUUUAUUUCUCCUGAAAACUGUAUUAUAAUAGUUAUAAAUUAGGCAAUAAAGGCUUAUUGAGAAUCCUGAGAACUUGCAUUACAUUCUAAGCAUAAGCUAUGCCCUCUGGAAAUGUUCAAUGUAACAGAAACACACUUCACACAUGGUAGUAUUUCACAACUUAUAAUAAGGAACAUAUGCAUGUUAACAUUUCAUAUUUAAACACACAUUUAACUGCACUUCAUUUUGUUACUAUAAGUCUGCAUCAAAAAAAUCAGUUAAUUUCCUUAGAAAAUUCAAAAGAAUCUCAAAUUUCCUUCUGUUACCUGGCAAUGAGUUCUCACAAGAGAGAAGUGUUCUUGACACAGUGGAAGAAGACCACAUUGUGACAGAGAUCUAAUCACUUGUCUUUACUAUUGCAUUAGUAUGAUUUCUGACUUUCAGAUGGGUGAACUUCGGCCAUUCUGGCAGCUAUCCACAGAAAUUUCAGUCACUUAUUAUAAGUUGUUGGAUGCUAUAAUCCAAGUCCCAUAGGUAAUACAUAGCUAAUAUAUUAAAUUACAGUAAAUUAAAAACAGUAAAUGACUCCUCAGCCUCUACAAAAAUAUCUGAUAAUAUUUAGAGACACAAAUAAAAAUAAUUCUAUUGUACUAAUGUUUUACAUGUCCCUAAACAAGGCUAACUAUAAUAACUAUAAUAUGUUGAUUUUCUUUUGAUACAAAUGACAUAUAUUUUCUUUCAAUUAGUUUUCAUAGUUGUUUCUAUAUUAAAUUUUAAUUUUUUUCCUUUUAAAUUCAUAAUGUAGUUACACAAACUUGAGGAAAAGUUCAAACUGCUCUUUUAAAAAUAUUAUGGUAUUAAUAUUUUAAUAAAAUAUGCAUUACUAUUUUAGUAUAAUGUAUAUUUUACCAUCUAAAAUUGUAUAUACACACACAUACACACACACUGGGUUAUUUUUCUCAUAAAUGGUUAUCUUGCUUAUCAAAUCUAGUAUUCAGUGCACAUCAAAAUCUAUCAAAAAAAAGUGCUACUUUUCUGGUGUCAGCAUGGGUGCUUUUCUUAAAAAGUCAGUGAUGUGUGUCAGAGCACAGGAUAGAAUCUUCCCACUCAAAUUUUAUUUUCCUUUUAGAAGUGACAUCCCUUCUUUGGAAUUGCUAAUACUUAAUGCUUUAGGAGAAACCUCUUCUAUUGAGACAUUUUAAAAUGUUUUCCUUUCUGAAAAACUGUACUUCCUCACUCCCAUUCUGCGACUCACCCUUUUGUACUUGAGAUUUUUUUUUUCUGCAAAGACUCUAGGCAUCCUAAUACAUGACAUUUACAAACAGCAUUCAAAGAAUUCAUCAGGACAAUUACACUUCAGAUACAUAAUCAAGUGUAAAAUCUAUUUUUUCUUAUGUGAGAUUCUAUAAAUUCAUUUUGUGAGAAGAUAUUUGUGACAAAACAGAUAAACUAUUAUUAUUUGCUCUUAUCUCUUCAGAGGCCCACUGCUAGGUGCCUUUUAUAUAUAUGUACUAGGCAUGGAGCACAUUCCACAAGCUCAGGUGUAAAAGGAAGAUGACUUAUUUUGCUACUGCUUCCACUGAUGGGGCAAAAACUUAAUUUAGUUCCUUUAUUGACAUUUUCUUCAUACUUUUCAGAGGAUGGGGAUAAUCGUGAAACAUUUUGUUCUUGUACUUCUUAUUUGAGACUUCUCAGCACUUCAAAGAUUUUCUGCUUCUAUUUUGGUUACCAUUCCCAGAAGCUUUAAAGAGAAUACAAACUACUUAAAUGAAGGAAAGAAAAAAGAAGAAAAAGGAGAAAAAGCAAAAUUAUACAGGCAAUAUAUUAAAGAUAUUAUCCACCAUAUGUAUUAUCUGAUUUGUUCCUCUCCACAGCCGCUUUGAUAUUUUUAUUAUCCACAAUUUCCAGGUGAAGAAAUAGACUUGAAGAGAUUAACUCAUUCAAAACCAAAAGGGACAGAAAAAAAGGGAAAAUUAAUUACAAAGAAAUGAUACAAAUUUGACCUCACCACAAAGCCUCUACUUUUUAUAAUUCACAAAUAUCAUUUUUUUCUUAGAAAAAUAAUUUUGAAGUGAGGAUAACAUUUAAGAGAGUGUAUCAUUAGAUCAUCUGUUACUACUUCAACAUAUGGAAAAAUAAAUGAGGUAAAAUUUGAUUCACAUAUUUGAAUAUAGGAAUUUUGUUUAAUAAAAUACUUUUUGGACACACAAUUUUACACUUAAUUAGAAAAUACAGGAGAAAAGUUUUUUUUUUCUUGAUGUGAAACUAUAUUAAUUACUACUGCAGAAGCUCUUAGAAAUUGUCAUAGAAAAUCCAUACCAUUACCACACUUGACUUUUAUCCAUUUCAAGGAUACAUACAUUUCGUAUCCUUUCAACACCCCUUCUUCAUAAUAAAAGUACAGUAAUAAUAAAAACUUUUACUUUCUUAAGGGUGAACUAUUUUAAAUUUAUGGCCUAUAAGGCAAUUUCAUAAAUACGUACUGCAAAAAAUAAUAAAAGGUUCCUUCUUCUAAUUGCAUAAUGUCACAUUUUUAACAAGGAAGAUUCAUCUGGUGUAUAAAGAAAUAUGCUUUUAUACCCCCAAAGCUACUCAGAGACUAUAAUAAGAUAAAAGAAGUAUGAUUUAUACCUUAUUCCAAAGCUCCACUUCUUACAAUGGAAUGUUUAAGCUAUUAUAAUGACUGGGGGAAUUAGAGCUGAAUAUCAGUCUAGCGACUAAAGCAAAUUUAGAAGAUUUAAUCUGAACCUAAUAUUAAAUAUUAAAUAUUUUAGCCAUCAUUCUCAACUAGGCUUACAAAUAUUGGCUCUUUCAAAAAAAUCUCUGCUUUCAUCAUAUUUUGAUUCCCAAAUCUGUGUCUCCAUGCACAGACAAUAAAAUAUCUUUAGACAGGAAUAGCCUCAAAUUUCCAUCAUUUAAUCAACAAACCACUUGCCAUUUAUUGUCAGUCCUCUGUUCUUUCUUUUACUAAAAGAGGGAAUUUAUGUUUGUUAAAUUCCUUUAAACAUUUCAGAAUCAGCUGCCCUAAUCUCCAAAAGAUUGCCAAGUAGAAUUUUGACUGGGAUUCCAUUAAAUAGGUAAAUCAAUUUAGAAAUUUUUUUAACUGAACUGAAUUUUUUCAAUCCAAGAACAUAGUAUAUCACACCAUUAAUUCUUUUAAAGUUUCUCUCAUUGACACUGUGUAGUUUUUCUGAACAGAAAACUUAGACAUCUUUAUUGUACAUUAGGUUUUCUAUGAUUAAUAAGUGUUUUACUUCUUUAUUUACAAUCCUUAUAUCUUGACCAGUUACUACUGCUGGUAUUUUUUUUUCCCAAGCCAUUUUUUUUCUAAGUCCAAGAUGUCUAACUUCUCUGAAAUGGCAUCCUAUUAACAGAGACAGGAUUUUCCUGGGGACCCCCGUUCUCUGUAACUGCACCCUACUACCUCAGGCAGUAUUCUCCUGAGGAACAUUUCUCUCUGUAACUGUAUCCCAUUACCUCACGCUGUAUUCUCUUGAGGAAGAUUUUUCUCUGUAACUGCACCCCACUACCUCAGGCUGGAUUGCUCUGGAGAACCUAGUUCUCUUGUAACUGCAUCUUGCUACCUCAGGCAGGAUUCGCUUGAUGAACCCCCAUUUUCUAAUUGCACCCCCACUAUCUCAGGCAGAAUUCUCCCUGGAAUCUCGUUCUCUGUGUCUAUACCCUGCUAACUCAGGCAGGAUUCUUCCAGGAAACAUGCUGAGAGUUGGUGCUAGUUGUCACCUGUCGGCUAUGAGCUCAGCAGGCCAAGUACCCGUAUGUGACCUCUCCAACAUGACAGCCUCAGGGUACUGGACCGCUAACCUGGCAGCCAGAUGUUAUAAGCAACUGGAAAACACUGCCUUUUGUGUUUUAGCCUCAGAAAUCACGCAGCAUUGUCUUCACCUCAUUCUAUUGUUUACAAUCCAGAGUAGCAAAUCUGCCCAGAUAUAAGCAUAGACUUUACUUGUUAUUAAGAGGAGUAUCAACUAAUUUGUUGCCAUGUUUAAGAUUGUCUCAGUCCACAAUCCGGCCCCAAAUUAUUUACAGUGCUCCACCAUGCAAAAUGUAUUCACUCUAAAAACUCCACUAAAGUUCCCAUUAUUACAUUAUUAGUCUCAGACGUGAUGUCCACCAUCUUGACGUUUAAACCCAGUGCUCUUGAAGAUGAGGUUACUCAGGCAUAGUUUCGUGAGUAAAAUAAUUCCUCUGGUUCUGGACACUAUGAGCUAUAGAGACGAGCUAUCUACUCCCCCUCAAACCCACCCCAACACACGUAACAUACAGCAGUAGGAUAAACAACAACUAACUGCAAAAACCAAACCUGUUAAACAGUGGCGGGAGGAGCUUCCUGCGAGGGACUUGCUGGCCAGGCGGCAGCAGCAAAGCGGAGACCUGUCGGUGCUGCGGCCCCUGAGGGUCCAGUGCUCCGCUUGUCUCAGCGCAGCGCGCCGCCGGGGCAGGUGUGAGGUGGAAGGAGGUGCCAGGUGUUGACCGCGGUUCCCCAGAGACACAAGAACUGCAGAGUAGCUCUUGUGGAAAUCCAGGAGUUCCACCUAAAGGGGUAUUGUAUGGUACAAGGUUCGAUGUUGGAGACAAGAUCCGCUACAGCUGUGUAACUGGAUAUAUCCUCGAUGGCCACCCUCAACUCACGUGUAUAGCCAACUCGGUUAAUACAGCUUCUUGGGAUUUUCCUGUUCCCAUCUGUAGAGCUGAAGAUGCAUGUGGAGGAACAAUGAGAGGAUCUAGUGGCAUCAUAUCAAGCCCUAGUUUUCCUAAUGAGUACCAUAAUAAUGCUGAUUGCACUUGGACCAUUGUAGCAGAGCCUGGAGACACAAUUUCACUCAUAUUUACUGAUUUCCAAAUGGAAGAAAAGUAUGAUUACUUAGAAAUAGAAGGUUCUGAGCCACCUACAAUAUGGUUAUCUGGAAUGAAUAUACCACCACCAAUUAUCAGCAACAAAAACUGGCUCAGACUGCAUUUUGUUACAGACAGCAAUCACCGAUAUCGUGGAUUUAGUGCUCCUUAUCAAGGUUCUUCUACAUUGACCCACACUACCUCCACUGGUGAGUUAGAGGAGCAUAACAGGACUACCACUGGUGCUAUUGCUGUUGCUAGCACAUCUGCAGAUGUUACUGUAUCCAGUGUUACAGCUGUCACCAUCCAUAGACUUUCCGAGGAGCAGCGAGUGCAAGUAAAGAAUCUCAGAAAUUCAGGUCUGGACCCCAACACAUCCAAGGACGGGCUUGCUCCUCAUCAAGCAGAUACACAAAGUACAAGGAGAAGACCAAGAAAUGCUGAACAGAUAGAAAGAACUAAAGAGCUUGCAGUUGUUACUCAUAGAGUGAAAAAGGCCAUAGAUUUUAAAUCUAGAGGAUUUAAAUUGUUUCCAGGGAAAGACAACAGCAACAAGUUUUCUAUCUUAAAUGAAGGAGGUAUUAAGACAGCUUCCAAUUUAUGCCCAGAUCCAGGAGAACCAGAAAAUGGGAAGAGAGUUGGAUCAGAUUUUAGCCUUGGAUCAACUGUGCAGUUCUCUUGUGAUGAAGAUUAUGUCCUACAGGGUGCUAAGAGCAUCACCUGUCAACGGAUAGCUGAAGUCUUUGCUGCUUGGAGUGAUCACAGGCCAGUAUGUAAAGUGAAGACAUGUGGCUCUAAUCUUCAAGGACCAAGUGGGACCUUUACAUCUCCCAACUUUCCAUUCCAGUAUGACAGCAAUGCACAGUGUGUCUGGGUCAUCACAGCAGUGAAUACAAAUAAGGUUAUCCAGAUAAAUUUUGAAGAAUUUGAUCUGGAGAUUGGCUAUGAUACCUUGACAAUUGGUGAUGGAGGUGAAGUUGGAGACCCAAGGACUGUGCUCCAAGUGCUUACUGGAAGCUUUGUCCCAGACUUAAUAGUGAGCAUGAGUAGCCAAAUGUGGCUUCACCUUCAAACAGAUGAAAGUGUUGGAUCUGUUGGCUUCAAGGUUAACUAUAAAGAAAUUGAAAAAGAAAGUUGUGGUGAUCCUGGUACACCCUUAUAUGGAAUUAGAGAAGGUGAUGGAUUUUCUAAUCGUGAUGUUUUAAGGUUUGAAUGCCAGUUUGGAUUUGAAUUAAUUGGAGAGAAAUCCAUUGUUUGUCAGGAGAAUAACCAGUGGUCUGCAAACAUACCCAUCUGUAUCUUUCCUUGCCUCUCUAACUUUACUGCACCAAUGGGGACAGUCCUUUCUCCUGAUUAUCCAGAAGGGUAUGGAAAUAAUUUAAAUUGCAUCUGGACAAUAAUCUCUGAUCCAGGGAGUCGGAUACACCUUUCCUUCAAUGACUUUGAUCUGGAAUCCCAGUUUGACUUCCUUGCUGUUAAAGAUGGGGAUUCUCCAGACUCCCCAAUUCUUGGAACAUUUACUGGGGCUGAGGUGCCUUCUCAUCUUACUAGUAACAGUCAUAUACUACGAUUGGAAUUUCAAGCUGAUCACUCGAUGUCAGGACGUGGCUUUAACAUCACUUAUAACACAUUUGGACAUAAUGAGUGUCCUGAUCCUGGAAUACCAAUCAAUGCAAGGCGGUUUGGGGACAACUUUCAAUUAGGAAGUUCGAUUUCAGUUAUUUGUGAAGAAGGAUUUAUUAAAACCCAGGGGACAGAAACAAUUACAUGUAUUCUUAUGGAUGGAAAAGUGAUGUGGAGUGGACCAAUUCCACGAUGUGGAGCCCCAUGUGGUGGCCAUUUUUCUGCUCCCAGUGGACUGAUCCUCUCACCAGGAUGGCCAGGAUACUAUAAAGACUCUCUGAAUUGUGAGUGGGUGAUUGAAGCAGAACCCGGACACUCUAUCAAAAUUACAUUUGAAAGAUUUCAGACUGAACUGAAUUAUGAUGUUUUGGAAGUUCAUGAUGGGCCAAAUCUUCUGUCACCUUUGCUUGGGUCUUACAAUGGCACACAAGUGCCCCAGUUUCUAUUUAGUAGCAGUAAUUUUAUAUACCUUCUAUUUACAACAGACAAUAGCCGUUCCAAUAAUGGUUUCAAGAUUCAUUAUGAAAGUGUUACAGUGAACACCUAUUCUUGCUUGGACCCUGGUAUACCUGUACAUGGUCGUCGCUAUGGUCAUGAUUUCUCCAUUGGAUCUACUGUUUCAUUUAGUUGUGAUCCAGGAUACAGGCUAAGCCAUGAAGAGCCUCUUUUAUGUGAGAAAAACCACUGGUGGAGUCAUCCACUUCCAACCUGUGAUGCAUUAUGUGGAGGAGAUGUUAGAGGGCCUAGUGGCACAAUUUUAUCACCUGGUUACCCAGAAUUUUAUCCAAAUUCUCUGAAUUGUACGUGGACUGUUGAUGUAACCCAUGGAAAAGGUGUGCAAUUUAACUUUCACACUUUUCAUUUGGAAGACCAUCAUGACUACUUGCUGAUCACAGAGAACGGUAGUUUUACUCAACCACUUGCUCGUCUGACUGGUUCAGAACUUCCUUCAACAAUCAAUGCUGGUCUGUAUGGAAAUUUCAGGGCUCAAUUGCGCUUCAUUUCAGAUUUUUCAAUAUCGUAUGAAGGAUUCAAUAUUACAUUCUCUGAAUAUAACCUGGAACCUUGCAAAGAUCCUGGAAUUCCUCAAUUUGGAAACCGAAUUGGGUUCAGCUUUGGAGUUGGUGACACUCUGACCUUCUCAUGCUCAUCAGGUUAUCGUCUGGAAGGGACGUCAGAGAUCAUCUGUCUUGGUGGUGGCCGACGAGUGUGGAGUGCACCUCUGCCAAGGUGUGUGGCUGAAUGUGGUGCAUCUGCAACAAAUAAUGAAGGGAUUUUGCUCUCUCCAAAUUAUCCACUCAACUAUGAAAACAACCAUGAAUGCAUUUAUAGUAUUCAGGUUCAAGCAGGAAAGGGAAUCAAUAUUUCAGCCAGAACAUUUCAUUUAGCACAAGGAGAUGUUCUUAAGAUUUAUGAUGGAAAAGACAAAACAACUCAUCUACUAGGUGCUUUUACUGGUGCAUCUAUGAGAGGACUGACACUUAGUAGUACUUCAAACCAGCUCUGGCUAGAAUUUAAUUCUGAUUCUGAAGGGACCGAUGAAGGCUUUCAACUUGUCUAUACCAGUUUUGAACUUUCACAUUGUGAGGAUCCUGGCAUUCCACAAUUUGGAUACAAGAUCAGUGACCAAGGCCAUUUUGCUGGUAGCACUAUCAUUUAUGGAUGCAAUCCAGGCUACACUCUGCAUGGAAGUAGCCUUCUCAAGUGCAUGACAGGGGAGAGAAGGGCAUGGGACUAUCCUCUGCCAUCCUGUAUUGCUGAAUGUGGAGGUCGUUUUAAAGGAGAAUCAUCAGGAAGAAUCUUAUCUCCUGGUUAUCCCUUUCCAUAUGACAAUAAUCUGCGUUGCAUGUGGGUGAUUGAGGUUGAUCCAGGAAACAUUGUCAGCCUACAGUUUCUUGCUUUUGAUACGGAAGCAUCACAUGAUAUACUCCGAGUUUGGGAUGGUCCACCAGAAAAUGAGAUGCUUUUAAAGGAAAUUAGUGGAUCUCUCAUUCCUGAAGGAAUCCACAGCACCCUCAACAUAGUCACCAUACAGUUUGACACGGAUUUCUAUAUCAGCAAAUCUGGAUUUGCAAUUCAGUUUUCAAGUUCUGUUGCCACUGCAUGUCGUGACCCAGGGGUUCCCAUGAAUGGGACUCGAAAUGGGGAUGGAAGAGAACCUGGGGACACUGUUGUUUUUCAGUGUGACCCAGGAUAUGAGCUUCAAGGAGAGGAAAGAAUAACCUGCAUUCAGGUAGAAAAUCGAUACUUCUGGCAACCCAGCCCACCAGUCUGUAUAGCACCCUGUGGAGGCAACUUAACAGGAUCUUCAGGCUUUAUUCUUUCCCCAAACUUUCCUCAUCCGUAUCCCCACAGCAGGGAUUGUGACUGGACUAUCACUGUCAAUGCAGACUAUGUUAUCUCCUUGGCAUUUAUCAGUUUUAGCAUAGAACCAAACUAUGACUUCCUCUAUAUAUAUGAUGGACCAGACAGUAAUAGCCCACUAAUUGGAAGUUUUCAAGACAGCAAGUUACCAGAGAGAAUAGAAAGCAGCUCAAACACCAUGCAUUUGGCUUUUCGGAGUGAUGGAUCUGUUAGUUACACUGGAUUUCAUUUAGAAUAUAAAGCAAAACUUCGAGAGUCCUGCUUUGAUCCAGGCAAUAUAAUGAAUGGCACCAGACUUGGAAUGGAUUAUAAAUUAGGGUCAACAGUCACCUACUACUGUGAUGCUGGUUAUGUUCUCCAAGGUUAUUCGACCCUCACCUGUAUCAUGGGAGAUGAUGGAAGACCUGGAUGGAAUAGAGCCUUACCAAGUUGUCAUGCACCUUGUGGAAGUCGUUCAACAGGUUCAGAAGGCACUGUUCUGUCACCAAACUACCCAAAAAAUUACAGUGUGGGACAUAAUUGUGUUUAUUCAAUAGCAGUUCCCAAGGAGUUUGUGGUGUUUGGCCAGUUUGUAUUUUUCCAGACAUCACUCCACGAUGUUGUUGAGGUGUAUGAUGGGCCAACUCAGCAAUCUUCUCUGUUAUCUUCCCUCUCAGGAUCCCAUUCAGGAGAAUCACUUCCACUGAGUUCAGGUAAUCAGAUCACAAUUCGAUUUACUUCAGUUGGACCAAUAACAGCUAAGGGAUUUCACUUUGUUUAUCAAGCUGUUCCUAGAACAAGUUCCACCCAAUGCAGUUCUGUGCCUGAACCAAGGUUUGGAAGAAGGAUUGGCAAUGAAUUUGCAGUUGGUUCAUUGGUUCUUUUUGAAUGUAAUCCAGGAUAUAUCCUCCAUGGAUCCAUUGCAAUUAGGUGUGAUACAGUGCCGAAUUCUUUGGCCCAGUGGAAUGAUUCCUUACCUACCUGUAUUGUGCCCUGUGGUGGAAUUUUAACUAAGCGCAAGGGGACUAUUUUGUCUCCUGGAUACCCUGAGCCUUAUGACAACAAUCUGAAUUGUGUAUGGAAGAUCACAGUGCCAGAGGGAGCUGGCAUUCAAGUACAAGUUGUCAGCUUUGCAACAGAACAUAAUUGGGAUUCUUUGGACUUUUAUGAUGGGGGUGACAACAAUGCUCCAAGACUUGGAAGUUAUUCAGGAACAACAAUACCCCAUCUUUUGAAUAGUACCUCUAAUAAUCUAUAUCUAAAUUUUCAAUCAGACAUCAGUGUUUCUGCUGCAGGAUUUCACCUUGAAUACACAGCAAUUGGUCUGGAUUCCUGUCCUGAACCACAAACUCCUAGCAGUGGAAUUAAAAUUGGAGACAGAUACAUGGUUGGUGAUGUAGUAUCCUUUCAGUGUGAUCAAGGCUAUUCUCUUCAGGGUCAUUCUCAUAUUACAUGUAUGCCAGGACCUGUCAGAAGAUGGAAUUACCCAAUCCCAAUUUGUUUGGCUCAGUGUGGUGGUGCUAUGUCAGAUUUCAGUGGUGUGAUCCUCAGCCCUGGGUUUCCUGGAAACUACCCCAGCAGUUUAGAUUGCACGUGGACAAUACAGCUGCCUGUGGGUUUUGGUGUACAUCUGCAGUUUGUAAAUUUUUCUACAGAAACCAUACAUGAUUAUUUGGAAGUAAGAAGUGGAUCCUCAGAAACUAGUACUGUUAUUGGCCGACUUAGUGGUCCUCAAAUACCGUCUUCUCUAUUUAGCACAACCCAUGAAACCAGCUUGUAUUUUCACAGUGACUAUUCACAAAACAAACAAGGGUUCCACAUUGUAUACCAAGCCUAUCAGUUGCAAAGCUGUCCUGAUCCACGCCCAUUUCGAAAUGGUUUUGUCAUUGGCAAUGAUUUUACUGUGGGUCAAACUAUUUCAUUUGAAUGUUUCCCUGGAUACACACUGAUUGGAAAUUCAGCUCUCACUUGCCUUCAUGGAGUGAGUCGUAAUUGGAAUCAUCCACUUCCAAGGUGUGAAGCUCUUUGUGGAGGAAAUAUAACUGCAAUGAAUGGCACCAUUUACUCUCCUGGGUAUCCCGAUGAAUAUCCAAAUUUUCAAGACUGUUUUUGGCUUGUAAGAGUCCCCCCUGGAAAUGGAAUCUAUAUCAAUUUUACUGUCCUUCAAACAGAACCAAUCUAUGAUUUCAUUACUGUAUGGGAUGGACCAGACCAAAACUCACCACAGAUUGGGCAAUUCAGUGGCAAUACUGCUUUGGAAUCAGUGUACAGCACUUCAAAUCAGAUUCUAAUCAAAUUUCACAGUGAUUUCACGACAAGUGGCUUUUUCGUGCUCAGUUAUCAUGCCUAUCAACUCAGAGUGUGUCAACCUCCACCACCCGUACCCAAUGCUGAAAUUUUGACGGAAGAUGAUGAAUUUGAAAUAGGUGAUAUUAUUAGGUAUCAGUGUCUUCCAGGAUUUACUUUGGUUGGUAAUGCGAUUCUGACAUGCAGAUUAGGAGAAAGACUCCAGAUGGAUGGAGCACCUCCAGUUUGUCAAGUGCUCUGUCCUGCCAAUGAAUUACGCCUGGAUUCUACAGGAGUCAUAUUGAGCCCUGGAUAUCCUGACAGUUACCCAAAUCUUCAGAUGUGUGCUUGGAGUAUAUCUGUGGAAAAAGGAUAUAACAUCAGCAUGUUUGUAGAGUUCUUCCAGACAGAAAAGGAAUUUGAUGUUCUUCAGGUGUAUGAUGGACCAAAUAUUCAAAGUCCAGUGCUUGUUUCUCUCAGUGGAGAUUAUUCAUCUGCUUUUAAUAUAACAAGCAAUGGUCAUGAAGUAUUUCUUCAAUGGUCAGCAGAUCAUGGUAAUAACAAAAAAGGCUUCCGGAUAAGAUAUAUAGCUUUCUAUUGUAGUACACCCGAAUCACCACCUCAUGGAUAUAUUAUCAGUCAGACAGGUGGACAGCUUAAUAGUGUGGUCCGCUGGGCCUGUGAUCGAGGAUUCCGACUUGUUGGGAAGAGCAGCGCUGUGUGCAGAAAAUCUUCCUAUGGAUAUCACGCAUGGGAUGCACCGGUCCCUGCUUGUCAAGCAAUUUCCUGUGGGAUUCCUAAAGCUCCAACAAAUGGAGGAAUACUCACAACAGACUACUUGGUAGGAACCCGAGUUACCUAUUUUUGUAAUGAUGGAUAUAGAUUGUCAUCUAAGGAGCUUACCACUGCCGUAUGUCAAUCAGAUGGAACUUGGAGCAAUCAUAACAAGACCCCUCGCUGUGUUGUCGUUACAUGUCCAAGCAUCAACUCCUUUACUUUGGAACAUGGAAGGUGGAGAAUUGUGAAUGGCUCCCAUUAUGAAUACAAAACCAAGGUAGUUUUCAGCUGUGACCCUGGUUAUCAUGGACUAGGUCCUGCUUCAAUUGAGUGUCUUCCUAAUGGUACCUGGAGUUGGAGAAAUGAAAGACCAUAUUGCCAAAUCAUAUCCUGUGGAGAACUACCUACACCUCCAAAUGGAAAUAAGAUUGGAACUCAAACUUCAUACGGGUCAACAGCCAUCUUUACCUGUGAUUCUGGAUUCAUGCUUGUGGGUUCUGCUGUUCGGGAAUGCCUUUCUUCAGGUCUUUGGAGUGGAUCUGAAACCAGAUGCCUAGCGGGUCACUGUGGAGUUCCAGAGCUUAUUGUUAAUGGUCAAGUCAUUGGAGAAAAUUAUGGAUACAGAGACACUGUUGUUUACCAAUGUAAUCCUGGUUUUCGACUGAUUGGUUCUUCAGUGAGAAUAUGUCAACAGGAUCACAACUGGUCUGGUCAACUUCCAUCCUGUGUGCCUGUGAGCUGUGGUCAUCCUGGAAGUCCAAUUUAUGGAAGGACAAGUGGAAAUGGAUUCAACUUCAAUGAUGUGGUAACAUUCUCUUGCAACACUGGGUAUCUCAUGCAAGGGCCAACAAAAGCACAGUGUCAGGCCAACAGACAGUGGAGCCAUCCUCCACCAGUGUGCAAAGUGGUCAACUGUUCUGAUCCUGGAAUUCCAGCUAAUUCCAAAAGAGAAAGUAAAAUAGAACAUGGAAACUUUACCUAUGGCACUGUGGUAUUCUAUGACUGCAAUCCUGGAUAUUUCUUAUUUGGAUCUUCAGUUUUGAUAUGUCAACCAAAUGGACAAUGGGACAAACCUUUACCAGAAUGUAUCAUGAUUGACUGCGGACACCCUGGCGUUCCUCCUAAUGCAGUCCUGUCUGGUGAGAAGUAUACCUUUGGGUCCACUGUUCACUAUUCCUGCACAGGAAAGCGUACCCUUCUAGGCCAGUCAUCAAGGACUUGCCAAUUAAAUGGCCAUUGGAGUGGAUCACAACCUCAUUGUUCAGGUGAUGCUACUGGUACAUGUGGGGAUCCAGGUACUCCUGGUCACGGUUCUAGACAGGAAAGCGAUUUUAGAACCAAAAGUUCUGUACGUUUUGCCUGUGAUACUGGUUAUAUCCUUCAUGGCUCAGAAGAAAGAACAUGUUUAGCAAAUGGCAGUUGGACUGGAAGGCAGCCAGAAUGCAAAGCUAUUCAGUGUGGUAAUCCAGGGACAACAGCUAAUGGAAAGGUCUUUCGGAUUGAUGGCACAACAUUUUCUAGUUCAGUCAUCUAUUCCUGCAUAGAAGGAUAUAUCCUUUCUGGACCUUCAGUUAGGCAGUGCACAGCCAAUGGAACAUGGUCUGGAACUUUGCCUAACUGUACAAUAAUCAGUUGUGAAGACCCAGGUAUACCAGCCAAUGGACUGAGAUAUGGAGAUGAUUAUGUGGUUGGACAAAAUGUUUCUUAUAUGUGCCAGCCAGGCUAUACAAUGGAAUUGAAUGGUUCGAGAAUCAGGACUUGUACUACGAAUGGCACAUGGAGUGGAGUAAUGCCAACUUGCAGAGCUGUUACCUGCCCAACUCCUCCCCAGAUCUCUAAUGGAAGGUUGGAAGGAACAAAUUUCGACUGGGGCUUUAGCAUUAGCUACAUCUGUUCUCCAGGCUAUGAACUAUCCUUUCCUGCUGUUUUGACCUGUGUAGGAAAUGGUACCUGGAGUGGGGAAGUACCACAGUGCUUACCAAAGUUUUGUGGUGACCCUGGCAUACCCGCCCAAGGGAAAAGAGAAGGCAAAAGCUUUAUAUACCAAUCAGAGGUUUCAUUCAGCUGCAACUCUCCUUUCAUAUUAGUGGGAUCGAGCACUAGAAUAUGUCAAGCAGAUGGCACUUGGAGUGGUUCAUCACCUCACUGCAUAGAACCUACUCGUACCUCAUGUGACAACCCAGGAGUGCCACGACAUGGAUCUCAGAACAAUACAUUUGGAUUCCAAGUAGGAAGUGUUGUACAGUUCCACUGCAAAAAAGGACAUCUUCUCCAAGGGUCAACAACACGUACUUGCCUUCCUGACCUCACAUGGAGUGGAAUUCAGCCCGAGUGCACACCCCAUAGCUGUAAACAGCCAGAAACUCCUGCUCAUGCAAAUGUAGUAGGAAUGGACCUCCCAUCCCAUGGGUAUACAUUAAUAUAUACCUGCCAGCCUGGCUUCUUCUUAGCAGGUGGAACAGAACAUAGAGUGUGUAGAUCUGAUAACACCUGGACUGGAAAAGUUCCUGUUUGUGAAGCUGGUUCCAAAAUAUUGGUGAAAGAUCCUAGACCUGCACUGGGAACACCCAGCCCAAAACUAAGUGUUCCUGAUGAUGUGUUUGCCCAAAAUUAUAUAUGGAAAGGCUCUUAUAAUUUCAAAGGAAGGAAACAACCCAUGACCUUGACAGUUACUAGUUUCAAUGCUUCUACUGGGAGAGUCAAUGCAACACUCAGUAAUAGCAACAUGGAACUACUACUUUCAGGAGUAUACAAAAGCCAAGAAGCUCGCCUAAUGUUACACAUUUAUCUUAUUAAAGUACCAGCUCAUGCUUCUGUAAAGAAAAUGAAGGAGGAAAAUUGGGCCAUGGAUGGCUUUGUUUCUGCUGAACCUGAUGGAGCUACUUAUGUAUUUCAAGGAUUUAUCCAGGGCAAAGAUUAUGGGCAAUUUGGACUACAAAGACUGGGACUGAAUAUGUCAGAAGGUUCAAAUUCUUCAAAUCAACCUCAUGGUACAAAUAGUAGUUCUGUGGCCAUUGCUAUUCUUGUGCCUUUUUUUGCACUUAUAUUUGCAGGAUUUGGAUUUUAUCUUUAUAAACAAAGGACUGCACCCAAAACACAGUAUACAGGAUGUUCAGUUCAUGAAAAUAACAAUGGCCAAGCAGCAUUUGAAAACCCCAUGUAUGACACCAAUGCAAAGUCAGUGGAAGGGAAGGCAGUGCGAUUCGAUCCCAACUUGAACACGGUCUGCACAAUGGUAUAAGGCGGCAACCCUUUGCCUUCUUCAGAAGCUUGGAAAUCGACACACAAGCAGUGCACAUUUAGUUCACUGAUAAAAAUUAAAGCACACUUUUCAGGACUUGCUGGGUCACCUUUUCCCAAGGAAUGAUAGAGAAGAGUGUUUUUUUCGUAAACUGGACCAUAAUUCUUCUUCAUGUUUACCAUGGAGAGUUUUACAGAAAUUUGGCUGCACUCUGAGAGUGCUUACUCACAGUUUAUUUGCUUUUUUUAAAAAGGAGAUUAUUCUAAAACAUAAACUUAUUUGCAUAUAUUGGAGGAGCAUCCACUAUCAGUAUUUCUGUGCUUUAUAAACUAUAUUAGAGGGACUGGGUUAAAAAAUGAUAUAGGGUAGAAAAUAAGAGCUAUACUUACAAGAGUCAAUAGAUCACUGACUUCUCUUUAACUGUCAUGAGCUAUAUCACAUAAGCCCGUAAAUCUGCAUUUCACUCCACUCUAUCAGCUGUUCCUUCCUAUUAAUUGAGUCAUGGUUUUCCUUAUGUACCUGGUUAUUUCAGAUUGAGUCAUGCCCUGAAAUGUUUAUGAACUAAUUUAUGCCACCGAAGAGAUAAGAUUGCCACUCUGAUUUGACUCCUUCUGGCUUUUAUUCUUCAGUAUAAUAUUGCUGUCUUUUUUUAGACUGGUUGUCAUAGUUUCCUCAAAUGGCAAGAUCAUCGUGCUAGCCUCCUAAUUUCCCUCAUUAUGUUGUAACCAGUAUUAUUCAGUGAGCCAUGGGGUAGUGUUUAACUCCUUGCUUCAAUCUGUUUUGUCACUCAGAAACCACUUUUGCUGGCAAAAAUUAAUUAUAAUAAUGAUUUUGCAGUUAUCUGAGACACCAAACUUAUCAUUCUUUACCAAACUUCCCAAUGUUUUUGAAAGACCAAAUAGAACCUAUUAAUCCACCGGGUUUAGAUUAUAUCUUUACCUUCAGGUUUGGCAUUCAAAUUUAUUUAAAACUGUUUCAAACUUCUAUCUAAUGGUCAGUUAGAAAUAAAAGCUUGAAAAUCUUUCUAACUUUUAUCUAAUGAGUUAAUGAUAUUUUUGGACCAUCUCCUAAUCAUAAUGAGUUAAAAAAAUACUUUCAAAAUCACUAAUAUAAAUUUUUUUCCUAAAGUUGUGGAUUUAUCAAAUUUUCAUGUUUUAAAAUGUCAAUACUCUUAUUCUUAAGAAGCUUCUUUCAGAUAUAACAGCUUUCUUUCAUUGCACAUUAAGAUACAUAUUUUCAAGUUAUUGGUGGCUCAUUUACAACUCUAUCACAGUAUGGCCAGCAUUUUGAUUUAAUAUGUUGCUGUCUUCCUUUUACAGCAUGUUUAUAAUUUAAUGUUCAUUUGAUGUUCAUUUAAUAAAUUAUGUACCAGUGUGAACACUUUAUUGUUGUCCCUUUCAAACAUGGAUAACCUUGUAAACAGUCUUGACUUUUUGUAUCAUGAGACAGAGUGCCUAAGAGAAAUCAUUGCACCCAGGAGCACUGCUUGGAUCUAUCUCUACAACAUAUAGUGAAUUUCUUGUAAACCAUUUUGAGAUACAUUGUUUUGGAAAUUCAUAUAAUUUUCUCAACAUUGUACUCUACUGACAGGAUGCUGUUUUAAAUUUUAUUCCAUCAGUUAUUUAUUCUUGUUUAUUCAAAUGACUGCAAUAACAAUGAUUCAUUCAUUAAUGUUAAGGUUAAUACAUUUAAGAUCUUGUUUAAACAAUGUUUCUUCUGCAACUGGCUACUCCUCUUAUAUUAAUGCAUACACUUUUGUAAAGAAGUAUAUUUUUAUGAAAAAAAAACUUUGUAAAAGUAUGAUGUAAAUUUUCAGUGCAAUGUAAACAAAAUAAAAAUGGAUAAUUGCUUUUGUAAAAUGUGUAUUUUUUUCAAAAUUGUCUGCCGGUGUACCAGUUAGUAAAAUGAGUGAACAGCCCACAUUUAUUUGGUGUUAUAAAGUUCCAAAAAUGCAAGUUAUAUAUACUUAGUUCACAACAUAAUAAUGAUAUAUGAGUAUUUUUCUUCUCUGUAUUCUGUAGUUCCCCAAGUGUGACACUGUUUUAGAAGUAGAUUCCCAGUAAACAUGAUAUCAUAAAGAAUCUCAUCUUAGAAUUUUCCUUAAAUGUAAAUACUUUAAUAAUAUAUACUAUAUAAAUUUAGAUAUACCUGAUUUCUAGCAUUUCUGUGGUAUAUUUUAUUAGAUAUAUUCAUGUUAAGCAUGCUCCACAGGUAUGAACCAAUAACCUUUCAGAUUGCUUUGUCAAACUCAUACCCCAAAACAAAUCUAUCUUGCCAGGAUGGAACAUUUACAAAGUUUUGUACUUAAGAAAGUUCUCAAGUUUCUAUAAAGUUCAAAUCUUAAGGUAAAGUUCAAUUUUCUUAGAUAACUCCUUUUCACUGCCAAAAUAUUGUCUUUAUAUUUCAAAACUUCAAGCUCCAGCCUUUAUAAUCUAUCCCUGUUUAUUACACUU